CCGCUCACUCGGCUCAGACCCGCGCUCGUCUCGCGGCCGCCGCACGUACCUGUCCAGCGAACCGUCGCUAAACUAAUAGUGUUGAAUGUGAUUCGGUGUCAUGGUGUGAUAGUGUGGUGCCGAAAUGGAAUCGACGCCGAUAUGUCGGUGCCGCGUGCUCUACCUCGGCUCCGCGGUGCCGCAACAGAGCAAGGACGGCCUACAGGGCAUCCAGGAACCUUUGCGCGAACUGUAUCCAGAAAAGGGUGCGACCAGUGGUGGCAUAGAUUCGUGGCUAUCGGUCUGGUCGAACGGUAUCUUGUUGGAGAACGUGGACGAAAGUGGAUCGCGGGUGGCCAGGUUUUUCCCGAUUUCGAGCUUGCAUUAUUGCGCUGCGGUGCGCCGUGUGAUUGUCGAAGGUGGGCCGCGAUUUUUACCUCUCGAUUCGCCCUUCGCUCAGGCACCAGCGCCGCGACGCCCGCCCUUAUUCGCGGCGGUUUUGCGUCGGACCCAGGGCAUCAAAGUUCUAGAGUGUCACGCUUUUAUCUGCCGACGAGAAGCCGCUGCAAACGCACUAGUCCGAUGUUGUUUCCACGCUUACGCCGAUAGUUCUUAUGCGAAAAGAUUGGAGGCAGAGCGUUCGCCUUCUCAGCUACCUCCGGACCCCGAAGAGGAAUUGGAGGUGUACGACGGAGAUGAAAAUCAUAAAGUGUGGGUCGGUGAGACCGAACGUGACGACGUCAGCGACGACAUUCCGCACGCGACGCGGGCACCGAGACCUCGACAGAUCACGCGGCCAGCGUCGGUGCCGCCGCCCCCGCCUCCACCCGAGGAGCCCAAAAAGAAAUCUACAACAAAAAAGAAUAAGAAAAAAUCAUCGGCCUCCGCUGACGAACUUUACGCAGGUCCACCGCCUAUGAUGAACGGUAGGUCCCUGGGGCGAGCUCCUCCAUCAUGGGCGGCUGCACAUCCGAUGGUGCUAGUGGCUCACCCAGCAGCGACACUGCCACACGCUCGUCCGGCGACGCUGGGUCACAGAGGUCGUUUACCAGCUGCAUUAGCCGCAGGGCCGUAUCCUCCGAGCAUGCCUCCCGGGAGAGGUCGUAUACAAUACGCUACCGUUGAUCCUCGCCGAUCGAAACCACCUCCGCCUCCUGCUCUGAAAGCCGCUCAGAGCAUGACCGGCUUGGAGGCUGUCGAGGACGCCGGAGGUAUUUACAGGAAGAAAGGUCACCUGAAUGAACGCGCUUUUUCGUAUAGUAUUCGACAAGAGCACAGAAGCCGUUCGCAUGGAUCACUCGCCAACUUGAAAUUCGCAGCUCCACCUGAGGUGAGAUUUUACUNAUCGAAACCACCUCCGCCUCCUGCUCUGAAAGCCGCUCAGAGCAUGACCGGCUUGGAGGCUGUCGAGGACGCCGGAGGUAUUUACAGGAAGAAAGGUCACCUGAAUGAACGCGCUUUUUCGUAUAGUAUUCGACAAGAGCACAGAAGCCGUUCGCAUGGAUCACUCGCCAACUUGAAAUUCGCAGCUCCACCUGAGGUGGAGUCAGGCCGUGAAGAACUGAAGAAGGAAAGAGAGAUCAUGCAGCUAGUGGCGGGUCUGCAGCUUGGCUCCGACGAGGUUGAGAGACGCGAGGUGCCGCCACAUUUACUGCGAGCUAAACACGCACCCAGAUAACACGAAGCCUGUUCACGUGAGGGUCAUCUAUUAGUCGGGCGCGUCACGGCGCGGCGUGAGCGUGCGUCCGACCGGAAACAACUCUCAAAUUUAUAAUUCCACAACGCGAACACGAGCACACAACUAGCUACCUUGUUACAAGGCAGUCAAAGUUCAUUUUACGAGAUCUGGUUCGAGAAUCGAUACCUGAAAAGUUUUUGGGUGAUAGAGAUUUGUCACGAAUUCACUAGUUGUAGUUCUAUCGUACGUAAUAAUAUACACAAGCACUUCGAUUACAUGUUAGUGAGGACAUAUCUGAAAAUAUACACAUACCAUAUAUUACAGUAUAAAUUAAUUUCUGAUAAAAAAAAAAACUUUAUCACAUCUGUGCAAUUCAGUUCAUUCAGAAAAAGUUUACGGAGCAUAAACUUUUGUGUUUAUAUUAUGAAUAGUAUUUUGAAUUUGAGUUAGUACUACUACUACAACUCCAUUAUAUUUGGCGUGAAAUAUUAAUUCUGAUUUUAAGGAUAGAACAGCUAUCAUCGUCUCAAGGUUGUAAGGUCAUUUCUUAAUGUUUAUGGCCAUUAAUAGCCUCUUACCACAAGAUUAACCUUGAGCUAAUCUUUCAUUUUUAUCUCACAAUCUAUGCAACUAAUUAUCGAUCUAAAUUCGUCACCACAAUUAAUUGACACAGAUACAGGCUAAUAGUUUUACGCUUAAAAUAUUAAAAGUCGAUUGGUAAAUUUUCCACUUCACUAUAUAAUCGGUUAUCUCGUACAAAGCAAUUAUCUACAGCUAUAUCGCAUGAGGAGUUUCGGCCUCGUUCGAUUUAAUUGUCGGACACAAAAUUUAAGAUUUUGCAAUAUUUUUCAGGAAAAUAUAUUUUCUGAACGUUUUUCUUAAAAUUUAUUCCCUUCACGUUUUCACGCCAAAUGCAACUCAGAUCUUAAUAUUGAACAUCAAUUAUAUCAACUAAACGAUGUCCAACAUUUCCAGUACUAAUUAUCCAAAAAAUAUGUUUUUUAUUAGAAGUUUUGGUAUGUUUAAAAAAUUUAAAUAAACCAUGGAAUUGAGCACUCGUUCCCGAAUUAUAGAUUAUACACUUGAAAAUGCGCGUGAUGCCGCCGUCUUUGAUCAAUAUCAGCCAGUUCUGAAUUCCCUACUUGAUGUCAGAUGUCACUGUCAAAAUUUAAUAUUUAUGAUGAUUCGCGGGGAUAUUUAUGAUUCGCGGGAAAUACUGAUUCAACAUUGCAUCACGCUUUACUUUCUGGCUUCCUGCAGACGAUGCCUUCAUGGAUUCAAACCAAUGCAAUAAACAGUAUUAAUUCGCCAACGUACAAUAAUAUUAUGGCAACAAUAAAUCUGUCAAAUCAUUUUAUAAAUAUUAAUAGAAUUUAAAAAGAAAAUUUACAAAAUUUCUGACACAUUGUUAUCGAAACUCGUAAUGCGUUAGAAUUAAUAAUUAAUACGCAUGUUGUAAAAUUAAUUCCUUUUUGUUCUUGCACUAUAAUUUCAGUGCAAAAUGUAUUCGAAGCGUGUACCUCAAUCGUAAAAGAGCGUACAAAAUUAAAAACUUAGUCAGCUUAUAUAUACAAAUUUGAUUAAGUAGCUCACACAUAAACGAACUAUUUUUAAUAAAUAAACGCAAUUAAAAAAAAUGCAUUCGUUAUUUAUAACACUACUUUAACUUACUUAUAUCAAUGUUUUUUUUAAAUAAAUAUAAAAUUAAAAUUAAUUAAAUUCCAAUAUUUUAUUAGCUCUUAAGUGUAUUAAAAAUGGUAAGUCUUUUAGUGUAAUAUCAAAACGGGGUUCUUUUAAGACUUAUGUAAAUAAUAGGUCUAAGUUUUAGAGUAAUAUUUCCAUCAAAUAUUCUAGGCUAUGAGUGCCAUUAAAAUGUUCGAGUUCACAACUCAAUGUGUAUACUUCCACGCGUAUGUACGUGUAGUUUUUUAAGGUGUUUAUGUAUAAAAAUAAUUUUUAGUCAAUCAUUAAAGCAAGUUUAAAGUAUUGUAAUGAAAUUAAUGGUUUCUAAGCGAAGACAACGAUGUAUUCAAUUCUUUAAUAAUCAAAAUAAAAUGUUUUAUAUCGA